GAUGAUCUUUUCCAGGUAGAUUUUAAAACUUAACAGUUACAUUUACUGCUUCGGCGGGUAAGCGGUUCCAUGGGUUUAUAACUCCGUGGGUGAAAAAACAUCUGUUCUCUGUACGUGUCAUGACAAGUUGGAAAAUAUCCUCAGGAACAAUGGGGGACUUUUGACAAGCCGCCUUCUUCCUAUCCCCGUCGAUGCCAGCAGAUAGUAGACCUCGGGUAGAUUCACGUAAAUUUACUUGAGUUUACUCUCUGGUCUCCAUCUUCUGUGAGGUGACGGGACGCUGAGAGCCACGACCACAACACCACACUGGCGGCAGAUACUCUCACCCAGCACACACACAAGCUGCUGCUGGUGGGGACGUGGAGCUUGUUCCAGGCCACGCUGCUACAGGUCACGCUGCUACAGGGGCACGUUGCUACAGGGGGCACGCUGCUACAGGGGCACGUUGCUACAGGGGGCACGUUGCUAUAGGGGGCACGUUGCUACAGGGGGCACGUUGCUACAGGGGGCACGUUGCUACAGGGGCACGUUGCUACAGUGGGCAACAGUGGGCACGUUGCUACAGGGGCACGUUGCUACAGGGGGCACGUUGCUACAGGGGGCACGUUGCUACAGGGGGCACGUUGCUACAGGGGCACGUUGCUACAGUGGGCACGUUGCUAUAGUGGGCACGUUGCUAUAGUGGGCACGUUGCUACAGGGGCACGUUGCUACAGGGGGCACGUUGCUACAGGGGGCACGGUGCUACAGGGGGCACGUUGUUACAGGGCCACAUGCUGCUACAGUGGGCACGUUGCUACAGGCUAAGUUGACGCAUAUCUGUGGUCAAUCACAUUACCCGUUAGCUGCUGCAGGGCAGUUGUCAUUCUUUAUUCUGGUCGGUAUUAUCCGGUGGGAGUGAACCUUUGGGGACUAGAGGUGUGUGCCCUGGAAGUGUACCCUGGAGGUGUGCCCUAAAGGUGUACCCUAAAGGUGUGGCCAGGGGGUGUACCGUGAAGGUGUGUGUGUCCCAUUGGAGCAACUCUGGAGGGGGGAGUGUUCUUCCCCUCUUCUUGGAACAGGAAUUUGGGAACCUCCUUUUGGCACCAGUAAUCCAUGAUCUUGUUUCUGCCAACUCUGGCUAAUUUGAUGAGCACCCCAUGGAAGUCCGUCAAAUAGUAGUUUAUUGAGCACCCCAUGGUAGUUCUCUAAGCAGUAAUCUAUUGAGCACCCCAUGGUAGCUUAUUGUGCAUCGUAUGAUAGUCCUCAGAGCAGUAGUCUAUUAUGCAUCCCAUGGUAGCUUAACAAGGACCUUACAGUAGUCCUGUGAGUAUUAGCAUAACAGAAUUAGAGGGCACAAAAUUGUUUAAUUAUAUUUUGGUUUGGUGUGGGAGUGUAACUUUCAUGUACUUUUGAAUCAAAUUAUAAAGGUAUAAAUGGUUAUGGAACCUUUGUAAUUUGCAAUACUCUAAUUGUAAUGGAUAAUGUUACAGUGUGCUGUAUAUUAGGAUAAAAUCUAAUAUAACUUGUAAUAUCUUGUAAUAAGUAAUACCGUGUGCACUACAUCAAAUAUUGCAGUUUUAAAUGUACUCACAAAGUUUACAUUGCAUAAUUCUUUCUUCAUUAUAUUUAUCUACUACAGUAGUAGCAGCGUUUAGAUAUAGUGUGAGAAUUUCAGAUAUCAUAUAUAAAAGUGGUGUGUGUCUUGCUGCAUAUGUUAAUUAAAGAUCUCUCAGUAUGGCUCAUUUUUCACAGUCCAAUAUGUAAUGGCAUUUCCUCAUUUGUGGUAUAAGACAGUUAAAAGUAGUGCUUAUCCUUGUCGCUGAUUGCCUAGCUUUAGUUUACUUGUCUGUUCUGUGCCUGGCUAGCUGUUUCAUUUUAGGGUAAUAUUGCAAACUUCCUUAAAGGCUGAGUGAAAGGACACAGUGGAAGCUGUUCCUUCAACUGUUGUACCAUAUACGGACAACUUUAACAGACAUGGACAGAGAAUAUUACGCGUUGUGUCAGUAUUCAGGAUGCCAGGCAGAGUUAGUAGAUGCUGAUGAUCAUCAAUAUUGUUUACGGCAUGCAUCCUGUUGGGUGCAAGGUUGGUUUCAUCCUAGGUUAUGUGAGGUCUGUGGCAAGUUGGUGUCUUCCCUUAUUGAUCCUCCAUCAAGGUGGCAUGCUUAUAAUGCAGCCACCAGGCUAUGGGAUAGGGCACAGAAAUAUAGGAGGUGGCGGUUGCAGUUUCAGGGUGAAUCUGUGGCAGCCCAAGACCAAAUCUUCAUUGAUAAAGACUUGGAAGCUUUAAUAGAGACGACAUGUGCUUCAUGUUCUAAAGAGAGGAAGUAUUCUUCCCAUUCAUCAUUCUUUAAUCCCUCGUCUGUGCAGUGCAGGCAAGCAAUUGGCUCGAAUGGCUUCAAACAGGCUAGGGCCUCGCUUACUGGCCAGAAGAAGAGAGCGAAGCGACUCAAGGUUUGUGUAGACAGGAAGCAAGACUUUAGGUCAUCAUACCAAAAAUCUGCUAACUUUAAGAGACCCCAAGUUCCAGAUAAAAAUGAGCUUUACAGCUCUUUGGAGCCAAAAUUUCACUCUGAUACCUCCUGGGAAGGCCAGAAGGCUAGAAGGCAGGGUAAAAAUGUUGAGCCUUUUGGUCCUAGAGCAGAAGAACAGUCGUUAGAUUAUUUCACUCAUUCCUCACUUGUCAGUUCAAAAGCAGGUCCUUCCUAUAGAGGAAACGAGAUUCUUCCAACUAUAGAGGCUGAUGCAGAUCAUUGGGUACCAUUAGAACCAUCUUGGGUUCUGGAGAUCAGAGAUGAAGGUACUUUCCUGCAGGUGGGUAAGGUCUUCUAUGCCCCAGCACAAUACGAGCUUGACAGGUCCUGGUUCCCUCCUCGAGUUCGCUUCUUUCCCUCUUCAGAAGAUCCUGUGCAGGAUGAUAAAGAUUCUGUGCUAGAUGCUAAACCUGUACUAGAAGCUGAAGAACCUAUGCAAUGCACUGAAUCUAUACUAGACACAGAGGGUCCUGUGCUCAAUUCGGUUCAAACACCCCAGCUACCAGCUGCUAAAGUCAGUAAUGAUUUGAAUUCAUGCAAGUCAAGAAACGAGCAAGUGCCAUCAUCUUCUUGGCUAUCAAACUAUUAUUUGUUCUCAAACAGCAAAUGGCAGUCUUUUUGUCGUUCCCAGGAUGUAGACUGGAAGGAAGUUGCUUCUGUUUUUAAUGCUGCCUUAGCAGGCGAGACACUGGAGCUCCAUACUAAGGUCCUCCAUGCGCCUUCCCUUGCUAAGGACAUAGCUUCCAGUCAGUUGCAUGUGCAGGUGGCACCAUUGUCACAGCAGCUUGUUGCGGCAGAUUUUGAGGCACGCCAACGCUUGUCUGAGGUAAUCAGGGUAGUUACUUCACAGAAAUUAGAUUUAGAACAAAAGAGUGAUGCUUCACAGGCACUCACACCUUUGCGAGAUGCAAUUACUGAUUUCUUUGCUGCUCGUUUUGCUUGUCGUAAGUCAGUGCUAUCUCAAUUUCAGGAUUCACGGUUAAUUGACAGUCUCCUUCAUUCUAGUCCAUUUAGUGUCUCGCUUUUUCCUGAUGAGGAAGUUAAGAAGAUUCUUAACCGAGCACGUUCAUCUGGUCGGCGUCUCUCCCAGAUCUUUCGGUUAAGAUUAGUGGGAGGGUUUCCUCCUAGGAAGGCAGUCGCAAAAGAAGUUCAGCCAGUUGACCCCUUGAUAAAAAAUAAAGUAUCAGCAUUUCAUGAUCCCUUGAAAGAAUUGGUGUCAGAUAUUCCAGUACAGGAUUCCUUAACAGACAGAAAUUAAAAUUUUGGAGCAGGCAGAUUUUGCUAAGGCAUGUUAAAAAAAUAUGGCAAGUUGCCAAUUGACAGGAAAGGUAUUCUAGUGGGGGGUAGAGUUCAAGCUUUCAGAAAUGUCGGGACCAGAGAUUCUUGGGCUAGUAAGAUGACAAAAAAAGGGUCUUAGUUGGCAUUGGUGUUCUGAGGCUCCUGAACAUCCAAUAAGCAGCCAUCCUCGCCACUUAUUCAGCUAUAUAUCAAAGAUGCUAAAGAAGGGUAUCAUUUGCAGGACUUAGUCUUUGUGGGUUCAAUCUUUCCUAAACCUAGUAGAGAAGAAGGCAACUUCCAAAAAAAGUAUGAUUCUAGAUCUGAAAAUACUCACAUACCAAGUGUCAAGUUUCAACUUACACCACUAGAAAGAGUCAGGCAGCUGCAUAUGGACCAUGAUUGGUUGGUGCCUAUUGAAAUUCAGGAUGCUUACUGGCAUAUAUCUAUUAAUCCUGUAUUCCGAGAUUACCUCGGGUUCAUAGUGGAGCUAGAAAGUUACCACUUCAAAGCACUUCCGUCCAGCUUGAGCUUGGCACCAAAAAAUUUACAAAACUUUAACAGACUGAUGGUCGAGGAACUUGAGACCAAAGGCAUUCAUGUUCUGGCCAAUCUAGAUGAGAGGUUGGUCUGGGCCCCCAAUAGAAAACAGUGUGCCGUAGCCAUUCACAAGUGCUACAAUAUUGAGGCUUCCUGGUCAAUUUGAAAAAAUCUUGGUUACCAUUAUCUCGGACAUUAACCUGGUUAGGUGUAACAUGGAAUACAACAUUUGCUUCCUUCUCUUCAACAGCCAACAUUCAAGCGUGUUCAUGCUCAUCUGCGCCUUUUUCAAGGCCGCCGUUUUGUAACUCGCAAAGAUUUAGAAAAACUUGUAGAUAGGUUGAAUGUUGCAUGUGUUGUUUACCCUUUAGGUCAGGUGUGACUAAAGGAACUACGAAGAUAUCUCGGAUUCUUUGCUCAUCAAGAAAAGCGAGAACUGCUGGUCCACUUACCCAAAGCAUUGAGAUCCUUGCUUGAGAAGUCAUUUCCACCAAAAGUUUUUCAGGGUUUUGUUCCUUGGAGGGCCACCACCUCCAUCACUGGAGAUCUUCACAGAUGCUUCUCCCAAUGGUUGGAGUUUUGUACCCAGUCUUCAUCACACAGGUCAAGGCUCUUGGCAGUCAACCUUAGCUCAAGCCCUUGCUAAUAUCAGUGUCAUGUGGAUUGCCCUCAAGAGGAUUGCUCCCCAAAGAUCAUCUUCCAUUCAAGUUUAUUCAAUCAACAUUACUGCUGUCAAUUAUCUAAAUAAAGCGGGGGGGGGUUCAACCUGGGGGCCCUUUCUCUGUAGCACUGGAUAUUGGUCAUAGCUCGGUUUCUGGCGUCUCAUGAUAUGCUCCUCAAUGCAGUCCAUAUUAGAGAUGAUUAUGGUGUUUUUGCAGAUGAACUGUCUUCUUUCUGUCUAAUUUGGACGCAGUGGAAGUUAAACACUGCAUCAUUUCAUUGGAUUUAUCACUCAUUUGGCACUGCUCUAGUGGACCUCUUUGCAACAGCUUGGAAUUACAAACUACAUGAGUUUGUGGCUCCCUUCUGAGUAUGCAAUGCAGUUACAAUAGAUGCCUUGGGGGUUAGACUGGAAUCAGUGGGAUGUAAUUUAUCUUUUUCUUCCAGUCCAGAUUCUGCAAAAGGUUUUAGAGAAAAUAGGAAGUUUUACUGAUCGCACAAUCUUAAUUGCUACUUUUUUGCGACUCCCAGCCCUAGUUUCCAUUCCUGCUACCUAGAUGCCCAUCUCCUGUCAAAAUUCCCGACCCUAUUCUCACUCAGAAGAUUGGGAGACUCGUGUAUUCGACCUGUCCAAACCUUUGUGCAGAUCUUCAUGUGUGGAGUUCUUAAGUUUGAUAUACAGUACAGUGGAACUUGAAUUUGAUUACUGUGCUGUAAUUGGGUGCUCUAUCCAUUCCAUUAAAUCUGUAAUACUGCACUCUGCAUUUAAAUCAAACUUUUGUUACUUUUUUGUAGCAAAUUUAUACAUCACAGAACACAUAUUUGCACUCACAUGAUGUAUAAACAAUGCAGUUUUAAACCUUUUUGAUCAACCUUAUCUUUGAUUCAGUGUCAGCAGAAUAUAGGUAAAGAAUACUGUAUUGUAUAGGAAGACAGUAUUGUUUAGAGAGAGGAACUCAAUACUAAAUACCAUCUUCAUCUUGCUGAGCAGCACUUUUGGAACCAUUUCAAUUAUUCCCAGAGAUUAACUAUUUCCAGUCCUUGCCCAAGGACUCUAGGGUCUGCAUGAGUGUGUGCAACCCUUUGGUGUAAACUGUGCAAGAGCUGGAAAAGUAUACACCGUGUGAAAAGUUUUAUACAGUACAGUACAUAUAUAUUUUUCUGAAAGUUUUAAUGCUGAGAUGAAGUGGUCAUGAGAGAUAAGUAAAGCCUUUGACCUUUAAUGUUAUAACACAUUUAAAUUUGCGUUGUUAUUAUUGUUUUACGUAUUAAAAUUUUAAAGCUAUUGGUCAAUCGUAUAAUAAAAAUAAAGUUUGCAUAAAAAGUAUGGUUGACCCCAGGAGACCCCAGGAAUUGAGGGUUGAGGUUUAGAUCCUGUCUUUCAGGAUCCAAAUCAUCAUUGGAUCAGGAUCCAAUGACAAUUUCAAUUGUAAUUCUAUGUCCAGUGCCAUCAGCAUUAUUUAACUGCCUCCAAGUACUCCACUUCUGAGAAUCUGUUUCUAAAUGCACAUACAGUACUGUACUUGGUUCCUCCUUCAUUACUGUAAAGCACCUGUCUCUUGGGUGAUCCAUUCCAUAGUAAAAAGUUAGCUACAGACCUAUGCUAGUGUCCAUAACCUGUUUAUAUUUGAUACUUUUUAUAAUUUUAUUUUUUUUCAAUCACUAGUUUUUAUGGUUUCUGGAGAUCAAAUUGUAUGUAUGUUGCCCAUUACUUGCCCAAGAUUUCUUGUUUUUGCUGCUGCCGUAUUGCCAUCAGGCAACUUCCUCUGAAGAUAAAUCAAUUCUCCCUGUGAGGCAGUCUGUAUGAGAGCAGUGGCACCUGGUUGUAGUGAAGCCUCGUGACCAUGAACGUCAUCAUGUUGGUUCACUGCAGCAUUGGAUUGUAAACCUGUGGAAUCGCCUUCCCGCCAAAGCCAUGAACGCCAAAACUCUGCUGGGUUUUAAAAUACUGUACAGCUAGAAAAGAUCAUUAGGGCAAAUGGAGGGACCUUUGACAAGCCGCCAGCUUCCUGUCUUCAUCGAGGCCACUAGUAUUAGUGGCCCUUGGGUAUUUUCAGAAAGUGGCCACGUCACUGUAAUUAUCCUGAGGAGGAGGAAGUGACCCAUCGUGCAUCACAGCUGGAGGUGGUGGAGAGGAUGAAACAAGUCGACGACAGAAAAUGUUUGUACGCAGGUUGCCUUAUUUAAGUGUAGAUAAAAGUUCAACAAAAUUAUAUGCAGACUGUUGAAGCAUGUGGAAUCAUAACAAAAUAUGUACAACAGUUUUGAAAUUAAUGCAAAAAAUUACAUUUGUAAUUGAUACUAUAUUGCACCCCAGCCAGUAUACCAGUUUUGUAGAUUGGCAUUUUUCUCCAUAGGCAUUUACUCUAGAAGUAAAUGCCUAUGGAGAGUAGGUAGAAAAUAUUUAGAUGCUUGUCCAAUUAAAAUUACUUGAAAGUGAUUAAAAAAAAAAAAAGUGCAAGGUGACCAUAUUUGGGUAUCUACGAUUCAGGUCGGCAAAUGAUGAUGUGUCCAUCCCUUCCCCAGCAGAAGCUAAUGUUGGUUUCAUGAUUCUUCCCAACCACCAACAGUUGAUAAUGUCUGUUAAAAAAUGCUGCACAUUUUUUGCCACAAAAAAAAAAUAAAAGAAAAGCUUAUGAUUUUAUCAUAGCAAUUUUUGUACUUUUAUAUUGUAUUUUUGUUAUACUUUUCCAAUGAAGACUUAGCAUUAGUAAAAAACUUGUUUCUGAGGUGCUUCAGUCAGCGGUUCCCUCCUAUAAGAUCCCAAUUCCUUAAUUGUGUGGUCAGGAGGUGCAACAUGCAACAAAGGGUCUACUAGGGAUUCUGGAGCUUCCCUGCAGGGUCAUGUUGUGCAGUGGGGAUUAUUGGAAAAUACUUAGACUGCUCUGAAAACUGCUGUAGGAAGAUCUUUUCACCAGCUAAUUCAAAGUUUUAUUAAGCUCUCAUUUAUGAUCCCAACUGAGCUCAAAAUGAGAGCAUACUACCAUGACUGGAAUGUCUGGUCCAACCCACCACUGAUCAUAAGUAAUUAGCACCUCACUUUAGGGUUCACUGAACUGAGCCAGUUCUUGUGCUGUUCAAAAAGGAGCUUUACACAAAAGCAAUCUUACAUCAGAGUUCUCAUAUUUGGCAACACCCUCAUAUAAAAAGUUUGAAAUUGAUAAGAGAAAUAUAUGAAACUGGAUUGACGUACACAUGUUCUGAAGGAUGAUGACCAAGAAUGUAUUGAUUGGAUGAUAUUUUUCAGCCGAGAUACAUCAUGAAAUGCAGAAAUCAGCUUACGUGUCAACCCAAAAGGCGUCAUUGGAAGGAUAGUCUAACAAGGGUAACAUGUUGAUGAACUGCAUGGAAAAAUUUAAGACUAGCUCAAAUUAUCUUGUAGAAAAUAGCAGAGAACACUGUAAAGGCAUCCUGAUUGAGAGAUAAUCUCAACUAUUCUAGCUGGAGUGCACAAUGUCCACCACAAAUGCAUCUUUGUUCUGGAUUAGAGUUGUGGUGCCAAGUGACUGCAAAGUGUUCCACCUGAGAUCCUGGUGGGGUAAGGUGAUAAUGAUACAUGCUCAUCGUAGCUUGUAUAAGAAGCCACACACUCCAGUGGGGCCUUUGAGAAUGGUGGCUGUUGAGGCAACUCAGAUCAGUCCUAGUCAAGUUAACAUCUGUGAGGGCUUGAGCUAGGAAUUCAGCCAAUUCACAAAGUAGGACAUCUGUAACACUGCUAAUGUCUGAUCUCUGGCUAGCUUGCACUGUCAGGUCCUGGGAAUCCAAAUGAGCAAGUGGUUGAGAUAAUUCAAAAUUGGAUGUACUGAAACUCGCAGAGCACCAGCCUGGUAAAUCUGAAGGUGCUGGGUGUGAGAUUCAUUCUGAAAAGAAGACUUCCUGAAAUUGACACUCGUUUUCAUAACACAAAACACCGCUAAGUCCUUGAACUUGUGAUGUACAGAAACAGGCUAAUAAGCAUCCUGAAGGUCAAGGAAAAUCAUGUACUUUGUCUUUGGUCUGAAUGUCUUCUCAGUGUGGUCAUCCAGCAAGUCAGAUAAGGAGUUGUUUUUUACCACUGGGAAGAGGAAAAUUGGAGACCUCUCAUCAACAUAUGGAGAUAUGAUUACAGGGUAGAUGGAUGCUCUUAGCCAAAAUACCCUGGUUGGAUGAGGGCACUUUACCCAAGUUAAACUCCUGGAUAAUCCAAGCCCAGGAAUCCCUGACCUAAGUGUGUUAUAGUGUGGAAGGGAUUGUGAUUCAGGCAUUGUCAGUGGGGCUUCCCAUGCAAGGCUAUGGUUACCUAGAAACCAUAUGGUCUCAUAUACCUUAUGGUCUCAUGGUUACCUAGAAACACCGGACAUUUGCACAAAACAAGCCCCUGCAAGAAAACAAGCAAACAUGCUACACAAUAAACAAGUUUGAAGAAUGUAUACAAGGUGAUUUAACUUUUUGAAAUCCAAGGCAAUCAACAAUAUACUUGGAUAAGUUGGUGAACCUAUAGGGUGAGUCAGAUGCUGCUUCCUGGUGGCACGAGGUGGGUUAGACAAAGCAACCAGCUGUUAUAACACCUGUUUAGUGACUAUAUAAUGGCAAGAAAACUUGAAAGGGAUUAGAUAUUUUGAAGAAAGACAUUCCGAGGCUUGAGUACUCUGUCAACUCCAGUAGUAGUUCAAUAUAACCCUGACAAAGUAUGCCUGAAGAUUCCAUUUGGCAUUGUGCUGUAUGUUGCACCUGGUUGACUUCACUGUCUGUGCUCAGUGACAUGGUGGGAGAUUAGUGAGGGAAUAUACCCAAAUGUAAGAGCUUAGGAAAAUUUUGAUGGAACCAGACAAUAUUUCAGCAGCUUCAUUAAUAUAUAUAUAUUUGUUUUUUUUUACUGAAUUAAAAUCUCGUGUCAAAUUUAUAAAUAUUUUAUCCUGUUAUUGCUAUAAGUAUUAAGUAUAAUAAUGGAGAGUAGCAACUAUAAGAGGAACUUGUUUUAGUAUAAGGCAGUAUAAACUACAGAUGAUGCUUAACCAUGUGCUUAAUUUCAUUCACCUGGGCCCUAGGAGACUCGAAUCUCCGACCCCACGCAUGUGAGGCAAAAGCUCUAUCAACUGAGCUAUGAGUAGUCUGAACAAAGAAAGAUUCCAGAAGCUGGAAUUUACAACUUUCUCCGACUACUAUUGAAGCCCAGAGGAAUUGGUGAUCCAUGCCCACUUUAUAUAAAUUGUCAUGGAAAGUCGAAAAUUCCAGCUUGGCAGCAGUAGUUGCUGCUGGAAUCAUUCCUUAUUAGGACUACUCAGCCCAGUCGAUAGAGCUUCUGCUUCACACGCGUGGGGUCAGCGAUUCUAGUCUCCUAGAGCCCAGAUGAAUGAAAUGUUUAUUUCCACAGAAGUAUGGAUGACAAUUUAAUGUGCUUAAUCUUGUGCCAGCAGCCUGAUGGUCAAAAUCUUUUGUAGUAUUGUUGGCUCAAUGUAAAUAAUUUUGAAAUAUGUUGCAACAAAAAUCUACUUUAUAAAUGACUUAAGAGAUGAAAAUUAUCAUUUUGUUUUUUUACCAAAAAUAUAUUGACUAUUCUUGAAUUCACAACAGAAUGUAAUAUUAUGUAAUAAUUAUGUAAUAUUAAUAUUAUUCAAUAUUGAGUUUUAAUAUUAUGUAAUAUUAUUAAAUUCAACUAAUACAUCUCAUUUUUGUCAUGGAUUCGACCAGUCUGUUUUAAAAUGUGAUGUAUUAGUACAAAUCAAACCAUCCUAAUACUGUAUUGGCAUUUCUGGGCAUUGGCCUCAAUAGGUUAGGUGGGUUGCUUGGGUUUGUAUGCUUCUGGUUAGGUAAAGCAGAUGCAUAUAUUCGUUUUGUAGUGGCAACUUGAGAGAAUAGGCUGGUAUUUCAUUAAUGCAUGGGUACUUUGGUUAUUGGGUAUUAAUGAUAACUCUGGAAUACAUUUACAGUAUCUUCAGUGCUGGGUUCUCAACAUUACAAGAUUGUAAAAGUGUUCUGGAGACAUACCCAAUACAUCUAUUCACUAUCUGCAAUUAGUCUGGAAAUAAGAGUGGAUCAGGGUCACAACUUGUGCUCAUUUUGAAAUGUUUUCCCGUUUCACCUCUCUGUACCCUGAAGCAUUUAAGUUAGUGAAUUUGUUAACAGUUUUUCAUAAUUUUGUAUGUACGUACAGUACUUAGCUGUUAGGGGUGACAGACCUUUUCGAGACAAAUGAUAAUAGCUUUUAUAUAAAUUCUGAAAUUAAUCUAUAUACAGUAUAAAAAUUAAAUAUUGCCUUUAAAGGUUUUGUAAUCAUUGUACUUAGGCCUUUUGAGUCCUAUUUAUUGUGAUGGGUACAGUAUCAAAAUACCCAUCCAUCCUCCAUAAACUAUUGUACCUGUAGCUACUAAGGAUGGAAUAUAUAAUAUAAGAAACUGUGGUACUUCCCCCCCCCCCCCCCCCACACAAAAAAAAAUCAGUUUAUACUAUUUCAACUCAAAAAGGUCAUAAAAACCAUAAUCAUGAUUUUAAUCCGACUUGUCCUAGGCCAAGAUAAGCCAUUUUAGGCCUAACAUGCAAUCUCGUUCUUACUUUAGUACACGUACUAUACUUUACCCAGGAAAAGGUAGGAUCAGUUGUUGCCUUCUUUCUUGGGUCAUGUGCAAAAUUGAUGGUACAAAACAUGGACUUGGGUGCAACAAUCCAUGUUUUGAAAAUUCCAACCAUAAUAGCUGUCAUUUAUGGAGGACCGGCUACAAAAUUCUGACAACUUGUGUAUUGGUCACUCAUUUUGUGAAUGUUGUCAGUCCAAAUAGAAUAUUUCAUGAUACCUGGUACUGAUAGUGAUUUAUGCAAACAUACUAUUAACUAAUGCUGUUGACUUUUGGAGCAUUUCAAAUUUUCAGCAAUUUGUGAUAGGUGACUAGGACUCAAAAAUAAGUGUCAUUAUGCUGCUACUAUUACUGAAGGCUAACAUCCAUUUGCACAGAAAAUUAUAUAUUGUUUCCUUUUAAAAGCAAAUUUCAUCUAAAAUAUAUGGAUCUUUCAAUAAAACUGGCAAACUGCUAGAUGUUACUACUGCUCAGCAUAGACUUGACUAUAAGUAUCUCUGGGAAUUUGCAUUACUGUAAUUGCUGAUGUAGACCUAAUCAAAUGUAAACUGUCAGUAUAAUUAUUCACAUUUGAAAAGAUAUAUGAAUUUAGAGAUAGCUUUAUAACAAAUGCUCAAGAUGUGUAAAUAUUUAAUUCAAAUUAUCUACUACCAAAAUUUCCCGGUUUGGUGCCUUCUUUUGGUAAUUACUUGCUACCAAAAUUUUUAGCCAAAUAUUCCCAAUUUGCUAACUGUGGGUAAUAAAAGCAGGUGAUUGUAACUUUUCCACCAUCACCCACUGGAUGGUGGAAAGGGAAUAAUGGUGUAUAGGGCCAGAUCUAACUGCUUUUGGGCCUUAUGCCAAAACUGCUAAAUAGGCCCCACCCUCUGGUCUGAGGGUGGGGCUCAUUUCAUUCUCUAAGUUUUGGAGCAAUGCCAGUGCUGCUUUGCUUUUAACUUUUAAUUUAUGUUCUUGAGACUGACUCAAAUAGGUUUUGGAUGACAUUGAUAUCUGCAAUUGCCCAAGAAACAAAACAAACAAACAAAAAUUACCCCAAAUUAUAAGACUGUACCCCACAUUUUAACUGAUAUUACUCCAAAACUACCUCUGAUUAACUAGAGAACUUGUCAUUAUAUCAUUUAACUACUUAUAGGUAUAUUUGUGUUCUCAUGAUCUAUGUGAUGCCAUGGUUAUUCUACCAGUAAGCCCAUGGCAUAUUAGGGCCCAUGACAUAUUAGGACUAUUGGGUAAUCUGGCCCUGCUGGUGUACAUAAGCAAAUCAAAUUAUGAUUACUAGCUUGCCAUAUAUAUGUAAGUUACUUAGCUUGGAUACUGUACUUGUGAUAAUUCUUUAACCCAUUGUUGAUAUAAUAAU